AUGCUCAUCCAAAGUCUCCUCCUCCUCAUCGCCGCCCACAUUCCGAUCCUGGAAGCGGCCGAUUACGUGCAGGCCAUUUUGCGGCCAGACAGCGAAGAGGAUUGGAUCUGUCGAUGGAUAGCCCUCGGGUCGCUGGUCGCCUACUUCUCCUUCAUUUUUCUGGCAAUUAUUACGCACCAGAUACGAAAGUGCUUCCGCCCACUGCCAACAUUUCAUUACCAAAUGAUCCCCAUCAGCGACCCAACGAGCUACAGUGGUGAGGCGACCAACCAUUUCCAAGCCGCAGAAUCCACCAGCAGUCGAAGCCAGUCCCGCGAAGCGGCCGGUGACCAUACCCGCGACGACAUCACCGACGACAGCGAUACGGUCACGACGGACGACCUCCAAACUACAGCAAUCACCAGUCGCAGCUUCGCCACAGCUACUGACGCCGGCUUCCAGGAGCUCCGGAACAGCCUGAGCCGCUCCUCGCUUGCCAGCCAGCCACUUCUCGCCGAGGGUUCUCAAGCCGAUGGAUCCGAGUGGUCAGAAUGGGGCGACACAUCCGAUUCUCUGGGUCUCUCAUCGACGAGCGUCUACGCAGAGACCAGCCGUUCCAUUAAUAAUUCCGCCAACAUGAUAUCGGCUAUUUAUGAUGAUGAGACGACGAUAAAUUCUGAUCAU